UCGUUGCCUUGCUUCAUAUUUUGUGCAUUUAGGCUCUUUCGUUUCUUUAUAAAGAGCCAGCCAUUCUUUUCUUUCUUUUAACCAGCUCUGAGAUAUAAAAAUGGUGAGAGCUCCAUGCUGUGAGAAAAUGGGAUUGAAGAGAGGUCCCUGGACUGCUGAAGAGGAUCGGAUUCUCAUCAAUCACAUUCAACUUUAUGGCCAUGGCAAUUGGCGUGCACUUCCUAAACAAGCUGGUCUGCUGAGGUGUGGAAAGAGCUGCAGGCUCCGGUGGAUAAAUUACUUGAGGCCUGACAUUAAACGAGGAAAUUUCAGCAGAGAAGAAGAGGAUACCAUCAUCAAAUUGCAUGAGAUGUUAGGCAAUAGAUGGUCGGCAAUUGCAGCAAGAUUACCAGGACGCACAGACAACGAAAUUAAAAAUGUGUGGCACACCCACUUGAAAAAAAGACUUGAGCAAAACCAUGUCGCCCCAGAAAUCAAUGGAAGAUCUGUUGAUGUUUCUAGAUUCAAUCACGAAUUAAAGACUGGUCCAGAAAUAGUGAGUUCAUCAAACGUUGCUGCAGCAGGAUGUGAUCAAAGCCAGGAACAUAGACCAAUUUCACCACAACAAUGUUCAAGUGAUGUCUCUUCGGUGACCACAGUUGACACCAGUAAUAACAUGUGCACGAAGGUAGCGGAGUCGGAUGAUUUUCUUGAAAUGGAUGAGAUUUUUUGGUCAGAAGUACUGUCUGCUGAUAACUCAAGCAUGAUGAGUGAUUAUCCGGCCAUUAGCACUGAGCCGCAACUUCAAUUUCCAUUUUCUCCACUGAUAAAUAUUGAUGUGGAACAAGUCCAAGCCACUAAUUCUAAUAUGUAUGAUGGCAUGGACUUUUGGCACAGCCUCUUCACAAGAGCUGGGGAAUUACCAGAAUUAACAGAAAUUUGAACAAUUGUUUAA